AUGUCAUUUUUGUUAGAGUUCGAGUGCUGUCUUCAACCGCGGGUUCAAUCAUUGUUCAACCAUGUCAAAGACAAGCAAAUGGAAAAUUAUUAUCUUGAUUAUAUCAGUUUGACAUUGACGGAGAAAUUAGUGGAGUAUUUACAAAAAUUGAAUCAACCAUUACAAAUCGACACCAAAAUCAAUUUCGAACCUCAAGAAAAGCAGGAAAUACAAAAUUUGUUCGAAAGUAACAUAAAAUCUGAUCCAGAUAAUGAAGACAAUGGAGGUAAUUGUGACAAAAGCUUUGUUCCUGAUUUGUCAGUAAAUGAGUGUUUUAAAAUGAUAACUUUAAGCAAAAUUGUUAAACCAAAAAAUUUGAAGCAGGUACCUUCCACAUCAUUAACUUCGGAGGUUGAGAAUAUUUUACAACAAAACGAGGGAAUACAAAUAUCAAAUUUAUUAAGUCAACCAAUUUACUCCACAAAUGCAAGUUCUGUUGCAAAUAAAUUUAUUGAUAAAUUGCAAAAAAGUAAAAAAGAUACAGAAGUUAUAAGGAUAAAUAAAUUGACUGAAUUUAAAUUCUAUUUUUACACAACGAUUGGUUCUUCAUUACUGGACACGGACUCACUCAAAGUUAAUAAUUUAUCAGAAAAAUUAAGAACUACGACAGUUGACGGUUCACCCAAAGAUUCAACAUCAUCAAGGAAGAGAUUAAUCGACGUGCCAGAAUUAACAUGUUACAAACAAUCUAAUUAUUUAAGUCAAAUUAUUCUAGAUUUGAAUCUUUUAGGUUAUGUAAAACUUACUUUAUUGCCCUCAGAAGAAUUAAUUAAUGAUUGGGAAAAUAUAAUUUUGGGUGCGAAAUUUAAAACAUCAAUAUUAAAAUGUUGCAAAAAUUCAUUAGUGUUACAUAAUUAUAAUCUAAACACCAAUAAUUUUAUAAUUUUUGAAGGCAAACCUGGUACUGGUAAAACAUCAUUAGCAAAGGCUAUUUUUCAAAAACUUUCGGUUUUGGAUCAAUCAAUACAUGAAAUAAAUCCAGGCAUAUUUUUGGAAUUAUCAACUGGUGAAAUUUUCUCAAAAUAUUUUGGAGAAUCACCUAGAAAAUUACUGUCAAUUUUGUCUUUAAUUGAGCAGAUUUUAAAAAAGAAUCCCAAUACAAAAAUAUAUUUGCUUGUUGAUGAGUUAGAAACCAUUGCAGCAAAUAGAUCAAAUAUAAUCAAAAAUAAUGAGGUUACUGAUGGAAUUAGAAUUGUUAACAUUUUAAUUACCUAUCUAGAUAGACUAAGAAAAUAUUCUAAUUUACUUAUUGUUGCAACAACAAAUUUAAUUGAUAACUUAGAUCCGGCUAUCGUUGACAGAGCCACCAGAAGUUUCAGAUUUGAGUCACCAAAUGCCUUAGAAAUCAAAAGAAUUCUUCAAUUGAACUUAAGUAAAAUUAAUGUUGUUGAAGAUCAAAGCAAUGAAGUGGAUGUGGACUCAGCUUUACUAAAAAUCGCAGAUUUUUGCUUUCUCAGCUCAAGAUAUAUAUCUAGAUUACCAAUUAUUGCUUUUGGUAACCUUUGUGAUGACAUUGAUUCCUACGAUCAGAUUUAUACAAGAAAUAUCAUUACGGAGAUAGCAAAAUUAUGUCAAGAGUUAGCUAAAACAAUAUAG